AUGUCAAAAGACCAAAGUGAAAUAAAGUAGUUGGUCUCACAAUUAGAAUCCCAUUUAAAUCACGUAGAGCUUAGCAUUAAGAAGCAGAUCAAAGUUCAUUCAAAGUCCACAGAUGCUGAACUUGAUGACUUAUUCUUAUCUGAAGAUUUCAACAAGCAUCUACUAAUAAACAAUAUACAGAUAUUAAAGCAAUUCAACGCAAAGCUGUCCUCUAAUGAUCUUGAGAACAUUGAGAAUUAGUGUUUUGACUAAGCAACUAAUAGACUUAAAACUUAUCUAGAGCUUCUUAACGAGCACAUUAUAAAGAUUAUUGAAUCAGAGUCAGAUGAGUUCCUCUAAGUUGCAGCGAAACUAGAAAGCUUCAAAGAUAUACUUGGUGAUCUCAAGGACUCUGUCAAGGAUUUUCACUCUGCCUUCAAAAAUGAAAAGACACAGACUUAAGAUAUUUUUGCAUACAUGCAAUAAUAAUACGAAGAGCUAAAUAUCAUAAUUUAUGAAAAGGAGAAACUUUAAAACCUAGUCAACAUUUAGGAGUAAUUCUGCUAGAUGGAAUAAUUGAUAAAGUCAUAUGACAUUAUUGCUUAGUAAGCAGCUGAAGAUAGUUAUCUUGAACUUGAGUAAUGCAUUAGAAUCUUAUCUGAUCUAAAGCAGUCAAGUGUAAUUGAUAUCAACACUCAGCAGAAUCUGGCUUUAGUAGAGAGAGAUCUAACUAGCAAAUUAAUGGCUCUAACAUCAAACUUAAUAUAGAAAUCACAGAUAUUUAAGCACAAAUCGUAAUCUGAUGAGGAUUAAUUGUACUUUGAGAAAUGUUAAUUGUCAAGCAUUUUGAGGUGCUUUAAACUACUUUAAAUCUAAAAAUCAUUUUUUGACUUACUCCAGAAUUAUAUUGUGAGGCCCGCUAUCAAUUCUCUAGUCAAAAAGGCCUUUGAUGCUAAAAGUAAUGUUAUAUCAGUGAUGAAGGGUGAUAAAGACUAGCUGCUGCCUUUUUAGAUCUAUAUCAAUGGUAUUUAAACUGAGUUAUUGGAGGGGACGCUAAGAAGCCUUUUAGAGAUAACUCUAACUAAUGAAGAUGAUUACAAUUUUGUGGCAGAUUUCAAUGUGAUUCAGGACUGCGUUUGGCCAAUUAUGAUUAAGAGUCUGGAUCAGCAAUUAUCGUUUGUAUUCUCAUCGGGGUUACAGAUGUUUUAAAAGAAUUUUGUUAUUGCCAAGUAAUUCACUGAGUAUCUUGACAAGAAAUUUAAUUUGACAAGCUUUGCUGAUGAACUUAUUCUUAGAUUUAAUGUUUAGACUUACCUCAACGUAUUAGUCAUUGAAAAUACAGAUAAAUUUUCUUAAGAAAUAGAGAAGUAGUUCGACUAAACAAAUGACAGUAUAAAGCCUUUGCAUCAAAUAACCAUUAGUUAUGCUGUGAAAGUUCUGAAAGACGAUCUCUAUUUGGAGGAAAUCGGUGAUAAACUGAUUAAACUUUCUAUUCAAUUCAUAGUUAGACACCUUAACUUUGUAAUGGAUAAGGUAAAUGAGAGGAAAAGUAUGGCAACAGAAAGAAUCUUAUUUAUACUAGAAGAUUUAAGUGCAUUGCAGUUGGAUAUUAAGAAUAUUCUACAGCCUUUGAUAUUGGUUCGACUUAGUUUCAUGGGAGGAUAGAAAGGGGACUAGGAAGAAUUAUAGGUAAAAUUUGUGAAUCCAUUACUCAAAGAACUUAAGUUGAGAUUUGAUUUACUAGCUUAGCCUUGCAUUCAGGGUAUCAGCACAAAGAUACAUCAAAGAUUGACUGAAAACAUCUAGGCUUUUAAGUAAGUGCCAGCUAUGUAUAGAAUGACUAACAGAGAUGUAUAAAAUCAGCCCAGUCAGUUUCUACAAAACAUGCUGAAUCCUCUAUAAAACCUCAGUGAGUAGAAAUUAUUCAGCACUCUUAGUGAAAACGUUAAGCAUAAGCUGUAUGAUAAUGUGCUCCAAAGCUGCUUAAAGGAAAUUUCAAACCUACUAGAGGAAAUACUUGGAGAAGAAAAAAAGAUGCAUGAAUCUUUGAUGAAGUAUAAAAAGAACAAUGCUGGUGAAAAUGUGCUAACAGAUUAUGAUAAAAUGCUUAUACAAUUCUAUAUAGUAAGUUAAACUCAAAUUUAUGAUUUAAAUAUAGGAUAUAAAAGAAUUUGA